CGAACGUUAACUAUCUGGCACCCUUAUAAUUUCUAUAUAUGUAACGCCCCAAAUUUCAUUGCUCAGCAAACAAAACAUUCAUUCCACCCUAUUUAGGGUUUAAGGUCGGGUUCUCGGGUAUAGUUACAUGGCAUCAAAAGUAGAAGCAGGGAAGCUAGAGUGGAGGAUAAGUGUUGACAAUGAGACAACAAAGAGACUAGUUCCUAAGUCAGGACCUAGUGAACGGAUCUUUAUUUGGCUAAAGGGGUUGAUAACGAAGACUUGGAGGAUUGGGGCAGAUGAUCCGGCCAAAGUGGUUCACUGUCUGAAAGUAGGACUUGCACUUUCAUUAGUCUGUAUCUUCUAUUACAUGAGACCUUUGUAUGAUGGAGUUGGAGGAAAUGCUAUGUGGGCUAUCAUGACCGUUGUUGUCGUCUUUGAGUCCAAUGUUGGAGCAACAUUCUCCAAAUGUGUGAACAGAGUGGUGGCAACUAUAUUAGCUGGAUCACUAGGCAUUGCUGUUCAUUGGGUUGCAACUCAAUCAGGAGAAGCUGAGAUUUUUGUGAUUGGAUCCUCUGUUUUUCUCUUUGCUUUUGCAGCUACUUACUCGCGGUUUGUGCCGUCAUUCAAAUCCAGAUUCGACUAUGGAGCAAUGAUCUUUAUCCUCACGUUUAGCCUUGUCUCAGUAGGGGGUUACCGAGUAGAUAAGCUGGUUGAUAUGGCUCAGCAAAGAGUGUCAACCAUUGCAGUUGGAACAUCUAUAUGCAUUAUCAUUACUAUCUUCAUAUGUCCCAUCUGGGCAGGAACUCAGCUUCACCGUCUUGUUCAACAUAAUUUUAUAAAGCUUGCCGACUCGUUAGACGGCUGUGUGGCAGAGUACUUCAAGAAGAGAGACGUCUCGACGAAUGAGAAUGAAUAUGAAACUAACACGAAGGUUCAAGGAUUCAAAUGUGUACUAAACCCUAAGGGAACAGAGGAAGCAAUGGCGAAUCUAGCCAGAUGGGAACCUGCACAUGGAAGCUUUAACUUCAGGCAUCCAUGGCAACAAUACGUAAAGAUAGGGGCUGCUAUGCGGAGAUGUGCUUAUUGCCUUGAGAAUCUUAGUAUCUGCAUGAACUAUGAAACGGAGGUACCAGAUCAGGUCAAGAAGCAUUUUAGAGAAGCCUGUAUGAAACUCAGCGCAGCUUCUUCAAAAAUCAUGAGAGAAUUAGCGGAUAUCUUGAAGAACACUAGAAGAUCUUCAAAGAUGGAUUUUCUAGUGUUUGAUAUGAACUCAGCAGUACAAGAGCUUCAAGAGACCUUAAAAACUAUUCCAAUCCAAACCAACAAACCUGAAGAAGAAGAAGAAGUUCCAUCUGCUGAGGACAGAACCAUACCGAUGACCCUACAUGAAGUCCUUCCAGUUGCCACUUUGGUUUCCUUGUUAAUCGAAAACGCAGCUAGGAUUCAAACAACUGUGGAAGCAGUAGAUGUACUCGCAAGUCUUGCAGAUUUCAAACAAGAUUCAAAAAAGAAAACUGGGGACAACAACACUAACCAACCACCACUAAGUUCUUAAAUCACUUUCAAUUACACUACAUGAAGAUCUUAAACCAAGUUUUCAUGUAUAUAUAUAUAUAUAAGCCUUUUAGUAUAUGGUUAAGGCCAAAAAGCAAGUUAUAGAACUAAAUCUUG